AAACUCAAACUCUAACCUCAUUCGUUCAGUUUUCUAUUGCGUACUGUGAAGCACGCUCACAAAUUCGGCGUCGGAAGGUCAUAAAAAGGUGGAAAGCAUCCAAUCCCAUUAUUUAAUAUCUCAUUAGCGGCAGGCAGCUAAAAGGUUUGCAAAUGGAUUCGGAUCCAGGCGAAGGAACGUUAGAUGGAAGGGUCAGACGCAAAAUGAAUGACCCCACAGCCGAAAUCAAACAAGAGCCCGAUGUUAAGGAGGAACCACCAGACGAUAUCGAGUUUAGUUUGAUCAGGACAUCGUCACCAGGAAUGAAUGAGGCGAAUGGCGCAGGAUUCAACGACAUUAAAUCAGAAAGCGAAACGGACGACGAUAUGGAACUGGCCAUCGAUCCAAAUUGCGUGAAAGAUGAAAUAAAGUGUGAAGAAGUAGAGGAGGAAGAAAUGAAAAAGCAUAAAUUGUUAUCAAGUCCAAAUGGAAGCGCAACGAAUAAUACUGACAACGACAACAAAAAUGGGCCAUCGGGUAUACCAAACGGUAAGAAAGGAAGACACCAAACAAGACCGAAAGGUAAAGGAAAGAAAGAUAAUCAGCCAACUGCUGCAAAGAAAGCGGCAAAGAAGUACCAUUGCACCAUUUGCAAUUAUGUUGCACCAUCCAAAAGUAAAUUAUUGAUACAUUCACGAGUUCACUCUGGCGACAAGCCUUUCGUAUGCGAUAUUUGUUUCAAAAACUUUACACAGAAGAGCGAUUUGAAUCGUCACAAAAUCAUCCAUACCAAAAAUCUUCCACAUCAUUGCUCAAAAUGCCAACAUGGGUUUGCCGAAGAAAGCGAUAAGAAUGAUCACGAACAAAAGUGCAAACGUCGUCAUUACAAAUGUGGUUUGUGUGAAUUCAAUACACAACAGAAAUCAAAUCUACAAGCUCACAUGCAAAUCCACAGCGGAGACAAACCAAAUGAAUGCCCGAUUUGCUUCAAAGGAUUUACAACAAAGAAUCACCUGAAAAAACACUUACGCACUCACAAAGACCAGCUGCCGUUUGGUUGCUCAAAAUGUGGAACACGGUUUGCCACCACAAAAUCAAAACAACUCCAUGAAGAGCGCUGUACAUGCCUUCGAUAUAAUUGUUAUCUUUGUUCGUACAAAUGUUUUUACAAGACGGAGCUACAGCGACACAUUCAAUCAAAACAUACUGGUGAAAAACAAUUCCAAUGCCACAUUUGUGACAAACGUUUUACACGAAAUUAUUAUUUAAGCCAACAUAUGGCCGUACAUCAUGAUCAAUUCCCCUUCCGGUGUUCAAAAUGCCGUCUGGCAUUCUCUCAAGAACGCCUGAAAAUCGAACACGAGACCAAGUGCGGUGCUCGUCAUUACCAAUGUUGGUGA